CGGCUUCGUCACGCACUUUGCGCCUCAUCCGUACACUACCUGCGCGCAAUCGUCUCCGUCAAGAUCUCGAGUGUGUUUCACAGCUUCGAGCGCGGAGUAGCAGGUCGUCGAAAUGGCACCCGGCGUAACAGAAGACGCACCACAGACAAGCGGACAACCAAGUCCCAUGUCCGGCGUCCUCACCUCUUCCCAAGCGACGGAGAAAUGGACACCCCAAACCGUCCUCUCAACACUACCCGUCCGACCGCAAACGCACACCGCCUCACCCAUUCCCUUCUUUCACAUGAUCGAGCGACUGAAGACGAACAAGCGAGAAGGCUGGCGAAGAUUCGGACUGGACCAUGGAGAAUCGAUUUCAGACCACAUGUACCGCAUGUCCAUCAUCACUCUCCUCUGCCCGCCGUCUCUAUCGGCAAGACUUGAUAUCGCGCGAUGCACGCAAAUGGCUCUUAUCCACGACAUGGCAGAGAGUUUGGUGGGCGACAUCACACCCGUGGACGGCGUAGCGAAGAGCGAAAAGAGUAGAAGAGAAGCCGAGACGAUGGACUAUCUUUGUCAGGAAUUGUUAGGGAAGGUAUACGGGGGCAUCAACGGGCAGAACAUCCGCGCCAUCUGGCAAGAGUAUGAGGACGGACAGACGGCCGAGAGUCAAUUCGUGCACGACGUGGAUAAAGUGGAGUUGCUGCUGCAGAUGAUGGAAUAUGAACGGUCGGGUGAGGGAAGGCGAGAUCUGGGCGAGUUCAGUCAUGUCGCGGGCCGGAUUGUCCUGCCUGAGGUGCAGGCUUGGGCGGCGGAGUUGUUGGUGGAGCGUGAGCGAUUUUGGAGCGAGCAUGGGAAGGUGCCGACUGGAGCGUUGGAGAUGAGCGAGGAGCGGAAGAGACAGCAGAACGAGUACUACAAUGGUGCUCAUGCUGUUAAUGGAGCGGUCAAUGGGGUGAAGAAAGCAUGACAUGCACGUCAGGAGUUGUACAUCUAAUCGUGACGAAACAGAAGGUCCUCAGCCCAACAAAUAUCCAUAGACAAUCGCUGCAAAGCACCGCACCUCAACAAAGCCGGGGAGAAGUAAUCCCCAACCCCCUCACG